AUGGCGUGGGAUAGGCCACGAGGACUAAGCGACCCGAUACGAGAGAUAAGCCGCGAAGACCUCUAUACGACCGUACUACGGGCAGGUCGUUCUCGGUCAUUGGAACUAGACCGACGCGCGUUCGACCUGGUUCGAUUGGCGCCGGCGACGCCGCAAGAAUGGGAUGACUGGCCUCACGUCUUCCCGCCGCCAUCGAGCGACCCCAUCCGGCCGGUGAGGAUACCCUGGCGAACCCGUACAUCCUACCGACCCAACUCGCACCGGCUCCUCGUUUACGCCCUUCACGGCCAGCUGGUCCUGGACCCGAUUUUCGUCCGUGUAGCGGCUGUCCGGCAGCGCCAGGAGACCAUCAUCCGCAUGCUUGGUGAGAUACAGAUGUGGCUGAGCGAAAACCCUGCGGUCCCUCAAACUUCCGUCCAGCGACAUAUGUACCGGCUCCUUUCUCUGGCUCAUAUGGUCGUUGAGCCGCCCCGCGACCACGAGGAGACCUCUGUCACUGAUGUCCUCGAUCGCCAGCGCGCCGUUCACGCAGCGAUUUUAGCCUUUGAGGCGGAAAACAACAUCCGAUAUGACGAGACCGGUGUGCCAAUAAUCCCUCCGCUAGACAACGAAGCCUCGGACCGAGUCAACAGCGAUGACCGGUCCUCUCAGAUUGUCGCCCGCGCACGUCGAGAGUUUAUGAACAACCUCAAUAACAUUUUGUCGCGCGAGGUAACCGGCAACGACGGGAGCACUGGUCCGACAAAUGGAGCCAACAGCAGUCACCGGGACGGUGUUCCUCGGCUCACCGCCACCUACCUCGGUCCCUUCGCAAACGAAGUCAACGGAGUCAAUGGGGUCAAUGGAGUCAACGGAAUCAACAGAGUCAACGGAAUCAACGGAGUCAACGGCGGGCAGCUUGUAAAUGGAACCAAUGGCAGUCAUCACGGCAGGAGCGUCACGCACACCAUCACCUACAGCAACCCUCCUCCGAAUUUGAUCAACAGCGGCCGCCGGCCUCCCUUGGCCUCCGGAGCCAAUGGCGCCAACGGCAUCCAUGAUAGCCCCAUAGCAAACGGGACCCCUGCCACCACGAACGGCAUUACCGUCACCACGAGCAGGAUCACCGCCGCCAUCAACGGGACCACCCCCCAUAACAACACCAACGACAAUCUCCCGCUCACCGCCCCGAUCCAGAGCUGGACCUGGCCCGCCUUCCUCCCCCCAAUCCCUGUCCAACGAGAACCACGACCGCACUCACACUCACACUCACACCCAUACCCAGACCCUCAACCCCAACGACAACAACCACCACAACCACCACCACCACCACCACCACCACCACAACCACACCCUCAAUCACAACCACAACCACGCACCCGGACCCCGCACCCCCUCACCAACUUCCGCCUCAGCACAGCCUUGGCAAUCGGAAACUACGACCGCGGAUCAGUCGCCGCAAGCGUGAGCGCCGCGGCCGCGUUUCCUGACAUUGUCUGGGAUCAUGGCUUGAUGCCAGAUAGGGGGUUUGUUGAUGAGGGGGGUGGUGGUGGUAGUGAGGGUGGUGGUGAGGGGAGUGGUGGUGGUGGGGGUGGGGGUGAUGGGGUUUUGGUUGAGGCUGGUUCGGGUUGGGAGCCUGCUUAUGAGGAUCAUGAGGAUCUGGAGCAGGAGUUGGUGACGGAGUGGGAUGUGGUGGUUGUGUCGGAGGGGAGGGGAAGGCGGGGAGGGAGAGAGGGAGAGGGGGGGGGGGGAAAAACCGAAUUUGAUUCGCCAAUGCGCGGAUUGACGCGAGCGCACAGGGGUCGGGUGGGCCUCCGAAUCGACGUCGCAGCGCUAGGACCGUCGUUCUGCAGUUGGCUUCUUCCAACGUCGCAGGGCAGCACUGGGCGACAUGCGCUGUAA